CGCCGAUCGUUGCAGAUGUGACAACCAUCGUGCUCUUGUGACAGACCAUCCCUCCCUCCCCUGACGCCUAGCCUCUUGUCUCUGCUCGGGUACUAUUCGACCCAUCUUCAGCCCAGCUCUCACUGACGACCGUCGCGCUUCCAUCGUUGUCUCGCCCACACCACGCCUCUGCUAGACUACAAUGGACAGCCCAGACGGACGUGCCACCUCAGGCAAGGACCAGCUCAUCGCGCAGACGAAUCGGCUAGCCCUCGACCGCUUCUCCAGCCCUGCCUACAUUGACGCCCACGAUCACCUCGAGGCAGACGAACGAAAGGUCGUUGCUGCCCGACCCGACCGUCCUGGUUUACGAGGUUAUCCGUGUUCCCUCGCUGACCUGCCGAACGAAGUCCUCCUUCAUGUCUUUGCGUUUCUCGAUGUCAGCGAUCUCCUCGUCGUGUCGAGGACAACCCACCAUCUUCGCAGCCUCUGUGUGUCGCCCAUUCUGCACACCUGGCGACUUCGCCUGACACGUACCAUCCUCCCUCCCCUGCUCUACUCCCGGCCUUCGCGACAGGAACUCAUUGCUCGAUCCAUCUUCCUAACCCAGACCACUGUCGUCUCUCGGCGUCUCGCUCGGUCCCUGACAUCCAUCCGCCUCUCGCGUCGACUCGCUACGCGCCCAUCGCCAGAGGUCCUCGUCGAACGAGCAGUCUUGCCAAAGGAGUGCGUACCAGGUCUCACGACUGUUCACCUCACGCCGCGAAUCGUGCAGCGCAAAAAGACCAUUGAGCGGGAGAGGAUCAAGGACGGGCUGCGACGCUGGAUCGAAGGCACCUGGAGGGGCCGCGUCGAGGUCAAGGAGCUCGAGGCCCGAGAAUGGGAGGAACGCUGGGGCGUGGGGCGCGUCUGGCGCCUCCGAAGAUUCUGGGAGAAGAUGAGCCGAGGUGAGGUUGUGUACUGAUACCCUGUGUAGUAAUGUUAUGUCAAUUGGCUAGUGGCCCCCCGUCCUGAGCAUGAAAUACCUU